AUGGCGAGAGUAACCAGACAAACGAGAUCAACGCCCAAGGCACCCCCGGAAGGAACCGCCUCACCAGCCAUCCUAGACCCAGCCCCAAUCAGGAGCAGGACCCGAGUAACCAGACAAACGAAAUCAACACCUAAGGCACCACCAUCCAAGGCAACAACAUCCAAGGCAAAACCACCCAAGCCCAAACCACCCAAGGCAAAACCACCAAAGGCAGCCCCAACACAAGAACCCGCCCCCGCCCCCGCCCCCUCCCCAGCAACCCACCUCUUCCCCUCCGCCCCCGCCUUCGACACCUGGCUGGCAACCCACCACGCCACCACGCCCACCGGCAUCUGGCUCCAACUCAGCAAAAAGGGCACCGUGCCCGCGACCCUAACCUACGCCGAGGCCGUCACCACCGCCCUCCGCCACGGCUGGAUCGACGGCCAGCGGCGCUCCUGCCCCACCACCAGCACCAGCACCGAUGUCCCGACGACGACGCACUUCCUCCAGCGCUUCACCCCGCGCCGCCGCAACAGCCUCUGGUCUCGCCUCAACGUCGACCGCGUCGCCGAGCUGUCCGCGGCGGGCCUCAUGCUGCCCGCGGGGCAGGCCGAGGUCGACGCCGCCGUGGCCGACGGCCGGUGGGCGAGGGCGUACGCGCCGGCGAGCGCGGCCGAGGCGCCCCCGGACUUCGCCGAGGCGCUGCGGGGGAAUGCGGCCGCCGAGGCGUUCUUCGGGACGCUGGGUAGGUCCAAGAGGUAUCCGUUUAUCUGGCGGGUCGAGACCGCGAGGAGGGCCGAGACGAGGGAGAGGCGGAUUAGGGAGUUUGUUGGACUCCUUGCCGAGGGCAAGACCCUGUAG